GGUGUUCCAAUCCCCUCCAUAUCAUGUGAUUCAGGUGCUCCAAUCCCCUCCCAAUCAUGUGAUUCAGGUGUUCCAAUCCCCUCCAUAUCAUGUGAUUCAGGUGCUCCAAUCCCCUCCCAAUCAUGUGAUUCAGGUGUCCCAAUCCCCUCCAAUCAUGUGAUUCAGGUGUUCCGAUCCCCUCCAUAUCAUGUGAUUCAGGUGUUCCAAUCCCCUCCAUAUCAUGUGAUUCAGGUGUUCCAAUCCCCUCCCAAUCAAGCAGCUAAAGACCUCCAAACUUGGUGUGGCCUUCAGAUGAGCCCAACAACAGUGCGUAGAGAGCUUCAUGGAAUGGGUUUCCAUGGC